CCUGGUAACAGAUGCUCCAAGCUGUGACAGACUCUUGCAUAGACAGUAUACGUAGUGUGCACAGGGCCUGGCUCCAGGGCUUCCCUUGUGCUCCCAUGCAAAGAGUAGCCCCGGGGGAGCUGACGCCAGCUGAGACUGAAAAACAAGUUGCAUAAUGGCGGAGGAGAGCCUGGAGACAGAUGGCCCCAGAUCCUCCAUGCCGGCUGAGCUCCACCAUCCCCACUCUGAGUACUCUAAGUGGAAGUUUAAACUGUUCCGGGUAAAGUCCAUGGAAAAGGCCCCUUUGCCCAGUGAAGCACAGCCUGAGAAAGGAGCCUUGUUAGGGAUCUCACAUCAUGCAGCCCCAAAUAUAGAGUUAGAUAAUGCUGUGAGUCCAGGGAGUGUUAUGAAAUUGUGCCUCGGGGGAAAAAGCAAGGAAAAUGUGGAGGGCCCUGGCUGGAGGGUAGAUAUGAAGCUACAGGAGAUGGACACCCACAUGGACAACCUCAGGUGCUUGUGCCGUCUCUGUGGCAUGGCCCUGAGAAAAGUCAAAGGACCAGUGCACGAUGUUGGCGGGGAUCUGGAUGAGAUCAGCAAAGGUGCCCUGCGCAAAAUGGGCUGCAAGUUUACAAGCUGGCCAGAGGUCAUCCUCAAAGUCUUCAAAGUGGACGUGACAGAGGACAUAGAGUCUGUCCAACCUCUUCUCUUCUGCCAUCGUUGUUGGGUGGUUGCCAUGCGCGGAGGCGGCUUCUGCAGCUUCUCCAGAACGAGAGUCCCGGACUGGAAACCCCACUCUUCCCCCUGCCAUCUUUGCUCACCCAGGAAACCUUUGUUCCAGCGGACUGGAAGGAAGAGGCGAAAAGCCAUUCCCAAAGCCCAGAGCCUGGCAAAAAGGACAAGGUGGGACCACAGCAACAUCAUUGCCGUGGGUGAGAGGAGGGCUCUGAGACCAUUUGGAGACCAUCAUCAUGCUCCUGUGCCCCAGGCAUGUAGGAAAACCAGCAUCCAGAGAGAGCAAUGGGUGAGGAACAUCACCCACUGCCAGAAGGACCAUGUGAGUACCAAGCUGAUCUCUGAAAAGCUUCCCGUGGACUUCCUCUUUUCUUUCACCUGCCUGGUGUGUGACCACCUGCUCUCUGAUCCAGUCCAGUCCCCCUGUGGGCACCUCUUCUGUCGCAGCUGUAUUCUAAAAUAUAACCACGUUCUGGGACCUCACUGCCCGGCCUGCAACUUGUCCUGCGCCCCUGAUGAACUGAGCCCACCCACCAGAGCCUUCUUAUCGGCCCUACAUUCCCUGCCUCUGCUCUGCCCUGGGAGUGGCUGUGGCAAGCAAGUAAGGCUAGACUCAUUCAAAGCUCAUUGUCUGGGCCAUGAGCUGGAUGGACAGGACACAAAGCAGCAGUCAUCACAAAUCGACAACUCCCUACAAGCCAAUAAAGGGGGAAGACCCCGUCAGCACCUACUGUCGCUUACCCGUCGAGCCCAGAAGCAUCGGCUGAGGGAUAUGAAGAACCAGGUGAGGGCGUUUGCAGACAAAGAGGAAGGUGGCGACCUGAAGUCUGUGUGUCAGGCUCUGUUUCUGCUCGCACUGAGGUCUGCGAAUGAACACCGGCAAGCAGAUGAGCUAGAGGCACUGAUGCAAGGCAGAGGCUUUGGGUUGCAUCCUGCUGUGUGCCUGGCCAUUCGGGUCAACACUUUUCUGAGCUGCAGCCAGUAUCACAAGAUGUACCGGACUGUCAAAGCCACCAGUGGCCGCCAGAUCUUUCAGCCCUUGCACACCCUGCGAGCUGCAGAGAAGGAGCUUCUCCCUGGCUUUCACGACUUUGAAUGGCAGCCCGCUCUCAAGAAUGUGUCUACAUCUUGCAAUGUUGGCAUUAUUAAUGGAGUCUCUGGAUGGGCUUCCUCGGUGGAUGACUUCCCAGCUGACACCAUCACUCGGCGGUUUCGUUAUGAUGUGGCACUGGUGUCCGCAUUAAAGGAUCUGGAGGAGGACAUCAUGGAAGGGCUGAGAGAGAGUGGGAUGGAAGACUGUGCUUGCACCUCAGGCUUCAGUGUCAUGAUCAAGGAAUCCUGUGAUGGCAUGGGCGAUGUCAGCGAGAAGCACGGUGGAGGACCAGCUGUUCCUGAGAAGGCUGUACGUUUUUCUAUCACUAUUAUGUCUGUCUCUGUCAUGGCAGAUGAGGAGGAGAAAGAGGUUACCAUCUUCACUGAGCCAAAACCAAACUCAGAACUGUCCUGUAAGCCCCUUUGCCUGAUGUUUGUGGAUGAGUCAGACCAUGAGACGCUGACAGCUGUCCUGGGGCCUAUAGUUGCAGAGCGUAAUGCAAUGAAAGAGAGCAGGCUCAUCAUAUCCAUGGGUGGACUACCUCGCUCCUUUCGCUUUCACUUCAGAGGCACGGGAUAUGAUGAGAAGAUGGUGCGUGAGAUGGAGGGCCUCGAGGCCUCAGGAUCUUCCUAUGUGUGCACUCUUUGUGACUCAACUCGGGCAGAGGCCUCUGAAAACAUGGUGCUACAUUCCGUCACCCGCAGUCAUGAAGAGAACCUAGAUCGGUACGAAAUCUGGAGAACCAACCCUUUUUCUGAGUCUGUGGAUGAGCUGCGAGACAGAGUCAAGGGGGUCUCUGCCAAGCCCUUCAUGGAGACCCAUUCCACACUGGACGCAUUGCACUGUGACAUUGGCAAUGCCACUGAGUUCUACAAAAUCUUCCAGGAUGAGAUCGGAGAGGUGUACAAAAAGGUCAACCCCAGUCGGGAGGAACGGCGCAGCUGGAGGGCAGCCCUGGAUAAACAGCUGAGGAAGAAGUUGAAGCUGAGACCGGUGAUGAGGAUGAAUGGCAACUAUGCCCGGCGGCUAAUGACCCAAGAGGCUGUGGAGGUGGUGUGUGAGCUGGUGCCCUCGGAGGAGAGGAGGGAGGCCCUGAGGGAGCUUAUAAGGCUCUACCUCCAGAUGAAGCCUGUGUGGCGCUCCUCCUGCCCUGCCAAGGAGUGCCCCGACCAGCUGUGCCGCUACAGCUUUAACUCCCAGCGCUUUGCUGACAUUCUCUCCACUACAUUUAAAUAUAGGUAUGAUGGAAAGAUAACCAAUUACUUGCACAAGACCCUGGCCCAUGUGCCUGAAAUCAUAGAGAGAGAUGGAUCCAUAGGAGCUUGGGCCAGCGAAGGGAACGAGUCGGCCAACAAACUGUUCAGGCGUUUCCGGAAGAUGAACGCACGUCAGUCAAAGGCCUUUGAGCUAGAGGAUGUGUUGAAACAUCACUGGCUCUACACAUCCAAGCUCUUGCAGAAGUUUAUGGAAGCUCACAAGGACUCUGCCAAAGCUCUGCAAGCUACCAUUGACCCAGUCCAGAGCCAGGAUUAUGAGGACAUGUCUCUGGAAAUGAAUGACUUUUGAUUUUGAUUCUACAGCAAUGUGAACCUCGAGUAACAUUGCAUAGCUUUCA